AUGUCUACGAUGGCUGUAUUAGUACAGGAUAGUAGUGGACAAUAUCAAGAGGCGCGAGCGCUUUUAGACAGCGGCAGUCAAAGCAGUUUCCUCACGGAACAUUGUCGUAACAGGUUAGGGGUGACACGGGAUAAAUGCAGUGUAGCUGUGAAAGCUAUGGCCGGCCUACAGGUACCGCCGAUAAAAGCACGUACUCAAAUUAUCAUUAGACCCGUAAGGCGUGACACGCCUCUCUUCACAGUUGAGACUUUCAUACUACCUCGCAUCACCAGACUCAUUCCGUCUGAACGCGUCGUGAAGACUGAGUGGGCGCAUGUGCAGGGUCUGGACCUAGCCGAUCCCCGAUAUGACGAACCACUACCGAUAGACAUUCUCCUUGGAGCGGAUGUUUUUCCUUAUAUCAUAAGUGGAGAUCGACGAGAAGGUACCGUCAAUCAACCUGUGGCGCUUAAAACCGUGUUUGGAUGGGUGCUCAUGGGACGGUCAGCCCCAAAUCCGUCAAAUAGUACGACUUCACUUUUCGCGUCCAUAGACCCCAUUGACCAAAUACUGCGCAAGUUUUGGGAAAUUGAAGAGCUCCCUACGGUGGAAAAGACCAGUCCAGCAGAACAAAAAUGCGAAGAGAUCUAUCGUACCACUACUACUCGACAGGCGGAUGGUCGAUAUAUAGUACAUCUGCCAUUCACCCAUGAUCCACCUCCUAUUGGGGAAUCAUACCAUCUAGCACACACACGGCUCAUACAUCUGGAAUCUAGGCUUUCAAAAUCCACGGAGCAUAGACAGGAUUAUAACGGGGCCAUGCAAGAUUAUUUAGAUUCCGGACAUAUGAAUUAUGUAGACAACACUGAGGACAUUGAUAACACAUCUUUUUACAUACCACACCACGGUGUAGUGAAACCCGGAAGUUCGACUACCAAACUCCGUGUUGCUUACGAUGCGUCAGCCCUAUCUUCAAAUGGAAAAUCGCUAAAUGAUUACUUGUUUAUGGGGCUCAAACUUCAACAGGAUCUACCAGGAAUCAUUUUACGUUUUCGUUUGCACGCAGUAGUGUUCACCACCGAUAUCAAGCAGAUGUUCCGGCAGAUUUUUGUCACUCCAAAACAUAGACCAUACCAACGCCUUCUUUUCUGA